CGCUCCCGGGCGCGCGCUCGGAACGACCCGGCUGCUUGCCGCCGGCUCAGUCACCUCAGCUGCGGAUCCCGCGCCUCGUCGGCGGGCUCCUGUCAGCCGGCUCUUCGUCAGCGCACACCCGGCCGCAGCGAUGCCUUAGAGCCACGUGACGCUGCUGCAGUGGGCCCACCCUUGGAAGUUGGCAGCUCCCAGGAGACUCCCAUGUCCUUGGCAGGGCCCCAGCUGGCCUCUGGCUUCCAUUGACACACCUGGGAAGCAAGUUGGUGGCCUCCCCACCUUGUGCCCCUCCCCCACAGCAGCCCACCUACACCAUGGAGGCCCCAGAAGUCCCUGUGGGGUCACUGAUCGACUUUGGGACAGAGCCGCUGGCCUCUCCUCCCCUGGAGGUCCUACCUCCACAGCUGCAGGAUGGGGACAGCUCGCUGGGUGAUGGUGGGUCAGAGAGUGAGACCACCGAGUCCGCAGACAGCGAGAAUGACAUGGGCGAGUCACCCUCCCAUCCAUCCUGGGACCAGUACCACCGUUCGUCCUCCAACGACUCCUUCUCCUCCAAUCAGAGUGCCAUGUCACCCAGGGACGAGGAGGGCUUGGAGCUCAGAGAGUUCAUGUGCAACUAUGUGGAGAAGGUCUUCUCCGGAGGGGAGGAUUUGGACCAGGAGGAGAAAGCCAAGUUUGGAGAGUACUGCAGCAGCGAGAACGGGAAAGGCCGGGAGUGGUUUGCCCGAUAUGUGAGCGCCCAGCGCUGCAACGCCAAGUGCGUCUCAGAGCCUACCUUCUACCGCCUGGUGCAGUCGUUUGCAGUGGUGCUGUUUGAGUGUCACCAGAUGGAUGACUUUGGCCCUGCCAAGAACCUCAUGACCAUGUGCUUCACCUACUAUCACAUUGGUAAGCCACACCUGCUCCCUUCAGAAUCUAAGGAGAAGCCUGCAGGAAGCAUUGACUCCUACCUGAAAUCCGCCAACAGCUGGCUAGCAGAGAAGAAGGACAUUGCUGAGCGGCUCCUGAAGAAUACCUCAGUGAAGACCGAGAACAUGAAGGGCUUCUUUGGGGGGCUGGAAACCAAGCUGAAGGGGCCCCUGGUGAAGAGAAAUGAGGAGGACGACAACAAACCCAAGGAGAAGCAGCAGAAGACAGUAACUGUGUAUAGCCCAGAGGAGGAAAAGAAGGGGGAGAAGAUCUACCUGUACACACACCUGAAGCAGCAGCCAAUCUGGCAUACCCUGAGGUUCUGGAAUGCUGCCUUUUUCGAUGCUGUUCAUUGUGAGAGGAGAAAGCGGUCUCCCACCACCAGGGAGAAGUGGUGCCACAUGACCCAGGAGGAGCGUGAUGACAGCCUGCGGUUCAAUGAGAACAUCACCUUUGGACAGCUGGGCACAUUCAUGCACAACAUGUUGGCUUUUGGACUGAACAAGAAGCUGUGCAAUGACUUUCUGAAGAAGCAGGCCGUGAUCGGAAACUUGGACGAAGAGCAGUACAAGCUGCUCAGUGAUCACAUUGAGCAGAUGGCCAUUGAGUAGCCCACAGGAGGCUGCCCCACGGCACCCACCACGGAGGACUGAGGGUGCACGCCACUCUCCCAGGGCCAGCGACUGGCUGUCACCCUCGAUAACCCUGCAUGACAUCAGCAAUGCCCAGAGCCGCCCCGCUGCCCUAGAACUAGCCAUUAGAAGAACCUGGUGGCCAUCCUUACCUCUCCCCGCUGCCUGUGUCUGCUCCCCAUCUGUGUGCCAAGUGCCCCUUGAACUAUACGGCAAAAGCCGAGGUGGCCGCACCGGAGUAUCAGCCUUGUGAGAUGAGGGAAGGAGGGGGGAGGCAUGCCGCCCCAGCCUCCUGCUGACCUUGCUGGAGAGACUGUGCCAUGGAGAGGGCUGGUGGGCUCAGGAUGUAAGUGAGGGCGGGUGCCAGAGGAGGGCAGGAGCUGCCCAGCAUGCAGCAGUCACAUGGAGGCAGGUGCUGUCAGUCAUGGCUGAAGACCUAGGACCCCACCUUGGGGUGUGGGCCACCUAAUCCACACAGACCCCUGGGGGAGCUGGGGAGAGAGUGUUGACCCUUUCAGUGUUGAUCCUUGGCAGGUACUUGCUCUUCCCUGUAGGACAGGAACCGGGAGUCACAGGAAGCUCGAGGAGAGAAACUCCUUCUAUUUUAAAUAGGGAAAGACCGUGAGAGGAUGCAGCAGUGGGACCUGGCCCCAACUAGACGACAUUCUGAGCAAGAGCCAGACCAGGAACAUCACAGGAUUCAUGUGGCAUCAGCCAUGUGAGAUGCACUUGGUCAGCCAGCAGCUUCCUUUUGAAGCCAAGAAACUUCUGCAGCUCCCCAGGAGAAGCAGGGUCUUCUGUCCUGCGCAAGCGACACAGGAAAGAGGUUUCUUUAGAAGCUGAAAGACAGUGCCCUUCCUAAAACCAGACAGUGCUGCUUUUUAUUUCUAAAAGGACCAAAAAGUCCACGCUCAGGGUUACACUGACAGAGGCAGGGCGGCAGGGAGUGACUGCCCACAGCUCGUCAUCGAGUGCAUCCUUCACCUGAAGCCUGAGCACUGGACACCUCCACCCGCAGCCCCCGGAAGGCGCAGCCGUGCGGUGACCACUCUCCUCCAUGCUCUGCUGAUAGUCCCUUCACCUCAUCUCAGUGCCUGGGGCUUGUCCCAGCUACACCAGUCAGAGGGGCUGGCGUCCAGGUUACCAGCACCAGGCCUGCUGGCUCCCCAGCCUGCGCCCACCAUGUAAAUACUCCUUCUGCGUGCUGCCCUGAGUCUUCUGACCUUGGAAUAGGCCAUGAGGCGCUCUCCUCCCCCUACCUCCCCCUUUCUCCCUCCCACUUACUCUACUUUCAAUCGAAUUAAAUCAGUGUUUUAUCUGGA